CCCAGCAGAGCCACACCGGAUGGCAGCCUGAUGUCAGCACUUUUGAACGCUGUAAUUGCUUGUCUCCCAACUUUUGCACGCGGCUGCAACAUCCUGCUGUUUCUUUUUAGUCUGGAGUGUUUUUUUUUYCCUUCAAACAGGUCAGGAGACGUCUCCCGGCUGAAGCAGCGGCGGAGUGUUUGGGACUUUUUAAUUUUUUUCUUUCCUCCCUUCUUAACUUGUCGAGUCAGGAAGAGAAACAGAUUCUCCCCCAGUCUCCUUGUCCUCCCUCUGAGGCUUCAGAUGGAUUACUGUGUGUCUAAUCUGUCCUCUGAGUGACAUCACCCUCCACACACACGCACACCUCACAGGACAUCAGGUGUGGGAGGGGAAAGCUGGAGUGGCGAAGGUGAAGUUCAGUAAAAACCACACCGGAUCAGACGGACUUCAUCCAUCAGGGUCAUGGAGGAGCUGCUGGACCCCGGCGUGGAGAUGUUGGAGACCCUGAGGAGGAGGACCUCGCUGAAGGGGAGCUUUCAGAGCGACUCGCUGUCGGUGCCGGACACCGACUUCAUGACAGACGACCGCAGCUCGGCAGCCAGCGGCGUGGAUGUGGCCGACCGGCUCACCUACCUGGAGCAGAGGAUGCAGAUGCAGGAAGAGGAAAUCCAGCUGCUGAAGAUGGCUCUGGCCGAUGUCCUCCAGAGGCUCAACAUCUCCAAGGAGGACACUGGUGGAGGCAGGAGAGCGCCGGCAGCGAAAGCAGCACGGCCAGUGUCCCUGGCUCUGCCCUCCAAACCUCCCAGCACUGCUCCUCUGAAGAAGAGCUCCACAGUGCCCUCUAGCUCCACCGCCAGGAACUACAGUCCAACCCCACCCCGCAGCGGUGCGAGGAGUCCUUCAGGGAGUGUGAAGGAUGCUCUGUAUGGGAGCACAAAACCACGACCCGCGUCUGCUGCUUCAACCUGUAAGAAGAUUCCAGAAAGCAGUAAGUCCAAAGAGGCUGCUGCAGGCGCAGGAAGCAGGCGUGUGACACACUGCAAAGUGACUAUGCAGAUCUAUCUGAGCCCCCUUGCAAAAAAGACUGGGUCUUCUGAGGCCGUGGGGUCCGCGGUGCCCGCCCACAGGGGUCCCACGGAUGUUUCUGGUCUUAAGAACGGAAGCAACAAGCCGGCGAUGAAGAAAUCAACGCCGUCCUUCACCUUAAACUUCCAGAAAAGCAGCACCGGCCCGAGCACACAGCAGGACACCCCCAGUUAUAAAAGCCCCAUCAAGUCGCCGAGCCAGUACUUUCAGAUUUGUUACUGAAACGUCUGGAUUUUGUUUUUCCACAGUUUUCCACAAAACUAAUCUUUUAUGACUCGUUCUUAAAAUCUGAAGUGUGUCUGCACAGAAAAAUGAUGACGUUUUUUGUUAACAUGUUCACUUAAUGAAGAAGUCGUGUUUUACGUUUGUUUAGUUUGACAUUAGAGGAAAGUUUUGUUGCAUUUUUAGCUCCUUAAGAAUAGUUUUUGUUUUCUGUCGCUCUUUGAAACCUGCGGGUGAGCAUCAAGUCAAGUGGAAGACAUCAGCGGGCUCAUCUGGACCUGUCUCCUUGUGUCCAUGUCUUYUGUGUGUUUAAUCAUAGGCUCCUUUUUGUUCAGGAGGAACAAUAAAAACCUACAAUCAUAAUUAUUAAAUGUUUUUUUU